UUGCAGCCAUUACGAAUCCGAGUCUCCAAUGUGCUGGGCGAAUCUGUUGGGCCUUUAUCGGUCACUCUUUAUGCAGCAACGCAUUCCGCAUCCAGGGAAGUUGUGGUUGUCCGUGAAUCGCUGAAACGUGUCGAUUCGGAUAGCACUAAUACACUGUAUGAAGUUUCAAUUGCAAAAGCGAAACAACGCGGCUUCUACAAUCUGGCUCUUACCGCAGGAAGUCAGGACAAGCGUCUGGUCGGCACAAACGGUAUAUCACUCGUGAUAAAAGUGCUCACAAAAGUACGAAUUGAGGAUGUCAGUGUAGCUGUUUUCGACAGAGAACUCUCGAAACCUUCAUCUUCAAUUUCGGUUAAAGAAGGCUCGAAAAUCGGAAAAGUUUUGGAGGCCGAUAUUCACAGUAAAAUGGAAAUUAAGUUCAAAAUCAAAGAAGCAAGGACUGGCGAUUCGAUAUUGGUCCAUCAGGCUUUUGUAGCGUUCGUCCACAAAACUACUCGUCAAGAAAUCAUUUUUGUCGCCACACCGGAUCGUGAUAAUAACUACGUUUUUGACGCGGAUUUCGAGAAAGUAGCGAAAGAUUUCGAAGGUUUGUCAGGCAAAUAUGAGGUGGAUGUUAGCGUGACGCUGCCUGCAGUACCUGCACAAAAAAUAAAAAAAUCAGAACGUAUUAUUUAUGAUAAAUUGCCAGAAAUUAAGCAUAUGUUUCGUGAGCCGGAAAAACGCCCGCCGCAGAUUGUUUCCAGCACAUUUGUUGUUCUCUGUGCUAUCCCACUGCUCAUCCUGCUUAUUCUGUGGUUGCGUAUUGGAAUUAAUUUUGGAAAUUUGCCAGCGUCACCCUUCGUUUUGCUUUUCCAUUGCGGCUUAGCAGGAAUAUUUGGAUUAUACUUCGUUUUCUGGCUACGGUUAAAUAUGUUUGAAACACUGAAGUAUUUGUCAAUGAUAGGCGCUGUAACGUUUAUUUCCGGCAAUCGUCUGCUAAGAACAAUUGCAGCCAGACGGAAGUAAGU